CACACAUAAAACAAUGUUCGUCACUGUCUUUCAUAAGUGUUCUCUAGUUCGCCCUUCAAAUCACUGUCGCCCAUGAACUCGACGAAGAAAGUUGGAGGAGAAUAUGGCGAUAUUCGUGCCAACAUCGACAUCCCUAACCUCUUGAAAUAUCUGAAGAAGCACCUCCCUGAAAUGAAGAUGCCGUUAGAAGUCAAACAAUUCAAAUUUGGACAGUCCAAUCCGACAUAUUUCCUCACUGACGCCAACAAGAAACGUUACGUGCUAAGAAAAAAACCUGCCGGACAACUUCUCACUCAAACAGCACAUCAAGUUGAUCGGGAAUACACCGUCCUUCGUGCCCUUCAUAACUACAAUACCCGACCCUCGACGCCAUUAGAGAAGCGUGUUCCCGUUCCGCAACCAUAUCUGCUUUGUGAAGAUGAAAGCGUGAUCGGGACCAAAUUCUACGUGAUGGAGUUCCUGGAUGGAAGGAUAUUCACGGACGUGAGACUGUUGGACUUGAAAGACGAGGAUAGGAAAGAGAUAUUCCUAGGAGCCGUACACGCUCUCACAAAGCUCAGUUCUGUCGACCCGCACGAAAUUGGUCUAUCAAACUUUGGACCUUCAUCUGACUAUUUCCCUCGACAGAUACGAGCCUUUACGCGUAUAUCUGAAGCACAGGCUAAAGCCGUCGAUGUUGAUACUGGGGAGGCAGUUGGCCCAAUUCCGUACUACAACGAGAUGGUCAAGUGGUAUGUGCAACAUGUACCCGACGAGAAGAAGUUUGGUAAACAGAGGAUCGUGCACGGAGAUUAUAAAUUGGACAAUAUGGUGUUCCAUCCGACGGAGAAUAGGGUUAUUGGAAUAUUGGAUUGGGAACUCUGUACUUUGGGAAGCCCCCUGGUCGACUUUGCCAACCUCACCCAACCUUGGUCAAUCGACAUCAAGCACCUCGAGAACUACGUGGAUUAUCAAAGGAGAGCAGCAUUCAAGAACAACAGCUCUCGCGACGUGCCAAUAACUCUCGAAGAGAUGGAAAGGCCGUACUGUCAACUCAUGGGCUUUGCGUAUCCCAUCAAGGAGCUCAUAUUUGUCAAGAGCUGGAAUAUGUUCCGGGGCGCAGUCAUCUCACAAGGAAUAGCAGCGCGUGCGGCACGACGUCAAGCAUCUUCUGAAAACCCGGAAGUGUAUGGGCAGGCUGUCAUGCUAUACUGUGAUCUUGCACGAGCCAUACUCGAAGAUUACGGUUAUAGAAUCGAUUUACGAGGAAAGCUGUGACUGUACUCCCAACUUUAAAAGUUGUGUACACUUGAGUAUGCACCAUUAUCAAUGACAAUAGCGCGCUGGACGUACGAAGCUGAGCUUGUCAUUCGGCGGGCGUCCUGAAGUCCUACCUGGGCGUUGCCGAUUAUGGAUACUGUAGUCAUUCCUUUCCUUAUCAUGAGUACCGACCAGUACCCUUUGUGUAGAAAUAAUCUACAAGGCCAC